AUGUUCAUCCCUAACUACAAGUGUGGCUUUGGGAGCAAUGUAGUAGCAGCCAUUGGAGGACCUGACAUCUGUCUCCACAUGUCAACCAUACUGAAUAUCUACAAAAUUCCACAGGUACAACCUCUUUCUUUAUGUAAUAACUAUUGCUAUGAAGGUUUUAGACGGACAAAGAAGGAAGGGAAGCCAUUUUGCUGCUAUGAUUGUGUUCAGUGUCCAGAAGGGAAAAUUUCCAGCCAGAAGGACAUGGAUGACUGUUCUCAGUGUCUAGACGAUCAUUAUCCAAACCACAGACAGGAUUUAUGCAUCCCAAAGGGCAUAACUUUCUUGUCUUAUGAAGAACCUUUGGGGAUCAUUUUGGCCAGUUUUGCUCUUUUAUUUUCUUUUAUCACAGCUUUGGUGGUUGGAAUCUUCAUUAAGCAUCAGGAGUCUCCCAUAGUCAAAGCCAACAACCGGGACCUCACCUAUGUUCUCCUCAUCUCUCUGCUGCUAACCUUCCUUUGUGUUUUCCUAUUUAUUGGACGACCUGAUAAGUUGAUGUGUCUCCUUCGACAACCAGCUUUUGGCAUCAUCUUCUCAGUGGCUGUUUCUUGUGUCUUAGCCAAAACCAUCAUAGUAGUUCUAGCUUUCAUGGCCACCAAGCCAGGCUCCAGAAUGAGGAAAUGGGCAGGGAAAAGUACGGCCAGCUCCAUUGUUCUUUCCUGCUCUCUUAUUCAAACCAUGAUUUGUAUUGUGUGGCUGGCAACUUCUUCCCCAUUCCCAGAUUUUGACAUGCACUCAAUGACUGACAAAAUUGUACUGGAAUGUAAUGAAGGAUCAGUCACCAUGUUCUACUGUGUUCUGGGCUUUAUGGGUUUCCUGGCCAUUGUCAGCUUCUCUGUGGCUUUCCUAGCCAGGACAUUACCAGACAGCUUUAAUGAAGCCAAGUUUAUUACUUUCAGCAUGUUGGUCUUCUGCAGUGUUUGGCUGACCUUUGUCCCAACCUACCUCAGCACAAAAGGAAAAUACAUGGUGGCUGUGGAGAUCUUCUCCAUCUUGGCCUCUAGUGGUGGGUUACUGGGUUGUAUCUUUUCCCCAAAAUGCUUUAUCAUUGUGGUGAGACCUGAGCUGAACAACAGGAAGCAGCUAAUGAAAAGAAAGUAUUGA